CGCAAAAUAAUUUCUAAAGUAAAGGUAGUUCAGAAAUUGUGAUCAAGAAAUGGCUUGUAGCUUUUGUAUUAGAGGAAUUGCAUUGGCUUUAUUAAUUUCAUUCAUACAGGCUGCAAAUCCUUCAGGGUGCAGGGAUAGGCUAGAUAUAGUUACAGUUGUUGAUGGUUCUGAUAGUAUAUCCGCAGAAUCAUUUCUGAUGUUAAAGCAAGCCUUGGUCGAGUUGACACAGAGACUUACCAUUGACAAAGACUAUACACGAUUCGGUUUGGUUCUUUACAGCUCAGAUAUCGCUGAUAAAAUUAACUUCACUGGAAAUCGAACCGGUCUUGAAGGUAGAAUUCUUGGACUACAACAUCCACGAGAUGGCACCAACACCCACCUAGGUAUCUCCGCUAUGAUGGCUAUGAUUAGCGGAACUGAUCGAGAAGUUGACACUAUUGGUAUAGUUAUUACAGAUGGGAUCUCCAAAGAUACAAAUAAAACCAUAGCCCAGGCAAAUCUGGCUAAAGUUAAUGGAGUAGACAUGUUUUCCGUUGGUGUAGGAUCCAAAAUUGAUACAUAUGAACUUCAGUCGAUUGCCUCAAGCAGAAUUCAGUGUAUUAAACUACCUUCUUUCAGUGAACUUGCUGAAACUCUGAAGAAAAUGUUACCUGACGUUUGUCCACCAACAACAACAACUACUACAACAACCCCAGUUCCAACCACAACCACUCCUGAACCUACAACAGCCACCCCUAAGCCGACGACAGCAUCAUUGAGUGUUGACUUGUGCGCAGGGUGUAAAAUGUCCAAUGGAAUUGGAUAUAACAACCACCCUUCUGAUUGCCACAAGUACGUCCAGUGUUUCUUUUCAGCAGACGGCAGUGUAAGCGCUUUCACCAUGAGCUGUUCUGCGGGACUUUUCUGGGAUCAGGAUGGGUUAUCAUGUAAUUUUGCCCAAUAUGUAAAUUGCACUAAUGACCCAUGUGUAAACCCAAACACAUUGUUUUAUAAAACCGAUACAAACUGUCGACAAUAUCAUUCGUGUGCUAACAAACUUGCUAAAGCCACGUGUUGUCCCCCAAUAAGUUCUUUCAACACAGUAAGUAAUCGAUGUGAGGUUGAUGAAACCUGUGAAGAUCUUUGUCAAGGAGAAGAGGUCGCCGAUGAAGAGGUAUGUUAUAAACGAGCUGUUGCUGGUAAACCUGAUGGUUAUCAAGAAGUUCACCCUGGUUUGGGAUGGAUUGACAGACUCUGUGCACCAGGAACUGGUUAUAGUGAAGACGGGUGCGAUUGUUCAGUCUUGAUAGAUGCCGGUCAAGUUCCGGUCGCCAAUAAAGAAUGCAACCCAUUACUCAAUUUGACGUUCAUUAACGGUGUGACUGACACUUCUGGUCAUUGGAACUGGGUUGAGAAUGUAGGAGUUGUAAUUGAGAACGGUGAAGCUUAUUUCGAUGGUACCAGUGGCCUGAGAAUCCCACGUUUCUCCAAUGUUGCUCUUGGAUCUACGUUUAUGAUAAAGAUGAGAUAUAGGACAGAGGGUACAGUUUUAGGACAGCAAGCUCUGGUGACCAAUCGUGAUUGUGGUAAACCAGGUUCUCUAGAUAUUCUACUUGAUCAAACUAUCACUACUUUUGGUAUGAGAACAGACGGUGGCCAAAGGACAAGGAUUUCAAUAACAGCAGCCCCACAGAGUCAAUGGAAAGAAUUAGUGUAUAGGGUUGAAAAUGGAGUAUUAAGCGGCACAAUAAAUGGUAACACAAUUAAUGAGGACACAAAUGGUGCUAUUGGUAAAAGUGAAUGCGCUCUACAGAUUGGGCGUGGCAAUACAUACAGUAACUUCAAGGGUUACAUUGAUUAUAUUGAGGUUUAUCAGUGUUAAAUAUACAGAUUUGAAAUUUGAUGGCCCAUAUUAAAGACCAUUUUGUCAAUCCUCUGAUAGAGAUCAUGCAUAAAUAUACAAUUAAAAUUACAUUAUGCAUUAUGAUAUGAUUCCUAAUUGUAAAUAACAGAUCAUAAAU